CGCAUCCCCCGAUCGAAACGCUAGGCGACCCGUCAAAGAAGGAAACUCGGGUAGAGCUUCAGCACAUUAAUUAAUGGUGGCAAGAGAUCGAGACGCGAAGCAAAUCUAAACAAGAAAGCAAAGAAGACGACUGGAUCGGUCCCCUUAUUCCAUUCUUGCUUCCGGUCCUUCGCUCUGGAGAGCCGGGCGGAGCGCGCCGUGGCUCCACCCGGGCCACAGAGCCUCUCUCGAAGGAAGAAUCCCGUCACCGCCUCUCCUCCGCCCUCUCAACCUUCUUUUAGACGCCCUCGUCCUCCCCCGGACUUCCCCUUCUGGCAGCAGAACUGGUUCUUGGUCCUCCUUCUCGUCAUGGCUAUCUCCCUCCUCGCUCUCGCCGCCUUCCUCCUCCUCGGCCUCGAUCUCGAGGAGGGCUCCGUCUUCCCAGCCGCCGCGGCCCCCGAGGGUGUCGAGAUUACCUACGGGAGUGUUAUUAAAUUGAUGCACGAGGGGACGAAGUUUCGAUUGCAUUCGCACGAGGUGCCCUAUGGGUCGGGGAGCGGACAGCAGUCAGUCACCGGGUUUCCCAAUGUCGACGAUUCCAAUAGCUAUUGGAUUGUAAGGCCUAUGCCUGAUUCAGCUGCCAAACAAGGUGAUGUCAUUCAAAGUGGAACUAUUAUCAGGCUUCAACAUAUGAGGACUCGAAGGUGGCUACAUAGCCACUUGCAUGCUUCCCCAAUUUCUGGCAACUUGGAGGUGAGCUGUUUCGGAGGAGAUAAUGAGUCAGAUACUGGUGAUUUUUGGCGGCUUGAAAUUGAGGGUAGUGGGAAAACAUGGAAGCAAGACCAGAGAAUAAGGCUCCGACAUGUUGAUACUGGUGGUUACCUGCACAGUCAUGACAGGAAGUACACUCGCAUAGCUGGAGGGCAGCAAGAGGUCUGUGGUGUUCGAGAUAAGCGCCCUGAUAAUAUCUGGUCAGCGGCAGAGGGUGUAUACCUUCCAAUUAGUGGAAGCAAGUAAUGGGUUGUUCUUAUUAGAGUUGGAACAGAAAUAUUUAGUCCAUAGAGAACUGAUGUCCAUUAAGGAAGCUGGUGGAUUUUGAGCCUGAAUGUAGCACCGAGCACGUCUUGGUUAAGCAUAAAAUGUACCUACAAGAGAUCUUUCUUUCUUGCUUCUCUCUCUCUCUCUCUCUCUUUUUGUGGCGAUUUUUGUAACUGUUAUGGAGAUUCUCUUGAGAGGUCUAGCUUCACCAAUUUAUCAAAUUUACAUUAGAUAUCAGAUUUUUACGGAAAUAACACUUUGCAGGCAUGUACAACAUGCAUACCUUCCCAUGUA